AUUACAUCAUUUGUGGAGUGAUUACCAUAACUCAUUUUCGUGACAGAAGUAUUUCGAAUAUUGUUUGAUAUUCAAUAAGAUGGAUAUUAUUAAUCAAUUUCAUUGACGCAGACUUAACUGAAGGUAUUCAGUGUAACACAUCAUUGUGUUAGCCGAGUGAUCGCAACUUCCAACAGAUAUCUAAAGGCACAGGGUGUGAUUUCGUCCAAUACAUGAAGGAUUUUCGGGAUAAUCUGUCGCAUUUUCUAAUCAUCAAUUUAUCAUAAAGAUGCCAUCCUUCAUUGUCUUUACUUCGUUGUUCUUCGGUCUCACUUUCGUCGUGCUUGUUAACAGUUACUGCCAGAGACCGGGCUUUUACUGCCAAAAUUAUGGCAAGUGUACAGACCAGCAGAAGUGUGAUUGUCCUGUUGGAUUUCGAGGUUUUGACUGUCGAAUACCCCAAUGGGUACCGGAAUGUGCCAACAACUGCAGCAAUCACGGAGAGUGUGUAACAACUAUGGGGUCUAACUGGUGUUAUUGUGAUUACGGAUACUAUGGCGAAAACUGCAGCAUCAAGAACGAUACUGUUAACUGUGGCCCCAAAAACAUCACCAUUGUAACCCAUCUGUCAUCUGCCAAGUCCGUGUCACUCCAUGGCCACCCAAUGUGCCAAUUUGCCCGUGUAAAUGCCGGACCAAAUGUCUACAGAUACGAACUAACAAUUGACCGGAUACCAACACCAGGACAUCCCUGCGCAGGCGCAUUACACACUAUGGUUAUAGAUCCGACUACAACUGUACAAAUGUUCCACAUAGAAAUCCAGACAGGCUUCGGAUUAGUUGCUCCUCUAGAUUGGAUUACAGAAUUUGAAUGUACAUACAAAAGCAGUACUGUCGGUGCAACUAGGGAAAAGUUAGAUGCCAAACCUUACGAAGUAAAACUGUUGGACAGUCACUAUGAUCACAAAACAAACGGAGAAAUCCCAAUGUACCAGGAGUUUUCCUUGGAGUUCACGCCGUCUCCGACACUCAGAGGACCUGACGCCCAUCUUGUGGUGUGGGACCUGGUGGUCUUUGAUUCCAAAACAUCACGCCGGGUAGCAGAAAUUCUUAAGGACGGCUGUCUUACGAUUCCGGGAGAGGAAAGACUUCUCGGACCACCUGCACAGUCCCAAAAAGGAAUUGUCUUGACCUUUGCUCCCGUGAAUAAAGACACUUUCCUGUUCUACGACUACAAAGUUAAGAUCUGUGAAGGACAGUGUCCAAGGCUUUCCUGUAGCGGUGAACCUAUUCCCCGGGAAUGGGUUGGCUUCAAUGUCCACGUCGUAUGAGAAGUAUCAUCCUCUGACGUCAUAUCCGGUUCAUCGCCACACCUCAGCGUUUAUCUAGUAUCAAAUCUCCUAGACUACCAACAAAUAAUAGGAACCUCUAUAGUAAUGCUUCAAAACUUAAAGAUGAAUAAUAUAAAGAUAAUCGGCCUGAUGAUAAGUUAAUGUGUCUAAAAUAUAGUAAUAUUAACGAAGAUAUCUACUUAUAAACUUAUUAAAGUAUUAGUGAUAUAUCUAUAAAAAAAUUGAUUUAAUUGUUAAAUGUAUAUGAUGUUGUUAUGGGACAUGCGUCAUAUAUUUUCCGAUGUACUUGUCUAUUUUACUUUAAUUUUAUUUAAAAAAUAAAUGAUAUUAGUUUGUAUUGAGUUCAGCUUACUUCCAUAAAAAUUAUACAGAUGCAAUUAAUGAUCCUAAUAAAUUCACGAUCGGAUCUAUGUUAAAUGUGUGUUUUAAUCGUUUACUGCAACAUACAAAAUACUUAGAUACAUAUAUACGUAAUAUCUUAAGCAUUGGAGAGAUAAAGAUCGUAUAUCGAUAAACAUAAAAAGGAAUUAUUUUUUUCGAAAAAAAAAAUUUAAAAUAAAAAGGAUAAUUUUAUAUUUUUUUUCAGAUUUUACAUAUUUUCAUAUGUUAGAUGCAUCAGUAAUCUGUAAAAUGUUUCUAUUUGCUUCAAAAACGAAAACUUAUCACAUGAAAAAAGAUUUGAAACAGCCAAAUGAAAAAGUAAAGGGUUUGUAGAUUUGAAAAUUACCAAUGGGAAUUCUUUGUGUUUCAUUAGUAUAUUUUUGUAACUAUAAGAAGUCUUUUUCGAAAAAAAAAAUCCUGGUUAAUAAACAUGUAUCCAUACCGGUCAACGAAGUACAUUUACGUGACUAAUUCGGUAUAUAUUACGACCCUUCACCAGACCGAAUAUAUUUCCUGUCUGAGGAAUGGGACAACGUUCAUGUCCAUACCGUACAAAAACUUCAGUGAAAUACGUAGACAUAUUACUUCCCUUAUCAUUUGAACUACACCUUACCUCCCUUUAUAUCUGAUAUCAAUGACAUGUUCGAAUUAUUUCAAAUAAUUCAAUUCGUAUGCAAAGGAAAACCCGUCCAAUCAAAAUGAGAGAUAAUAUAUGGAAUAUGCACAAAAAUAUAACUUCACAACAAUUUUUUUUUUCAAAUAUUUUAAUCAAACUUAACUUUCAUACGUUGUUGCAUAAAAGAGUUGUCAAUAGACGGCUAUAUAAAGAAAACGAUGUGAACUCGAGUCUAUACAGGGACGGUACUUUGUAAAGUAUAUUCUGUUAUGAAUAAAGACUUUUUUCCAAAAUGAAA